AUCCCAACCCCGGUGCGCCGUUUAUUUUGUCAUCCUCUCUGCCAGCUUCUUGUGUGGUAUAACAAUCGCCGUCUGAUCAGGACACCGUGAACAAACAACUUGAUGUCAUUAUUUUGACACAAGGAAAUCCCGAGGCUUCAAAAUGGACGUUCAUGAAGUCAACGAUACGUCCAGACUUGAUCAUGCGCGAACAUUCAUCGAUACCCGGGUGGCGAAUGUUCUCAACAACCCUACAUUCGGGCGAGAUGCAGUCUACGAUAGUCAGCGGGGCGAAUACAUAGCAAAGCGGCCGCAUCACGACCUCGAGCAUGCGCUGGGCUUGUACCUACAGAACAGCAAGAGGCCAACUGAUUUUGACCCCCAAAACUCCUCGUGGGGAGACGUGUUCGAUCAAAUUGCGAAAGCCGAGACUGAAGACUUCACAAAAAGCAAGAAAUGGUACGAAAAGGCAUGGCGGAAGGCAGGAAACGCUGCACCCUUUGUCAUCCCCUGUCUUGACUUCAUUCCGGAUGACUACGGCCUGAAGGUCCUACGCAACGGGCUCGCCGUACUAUUCAGCGCUUCGAGGAAAUGGCAACUCAACCGCGAAUGCAUACUUCAGGCCUUCAAGCGGAUCCUGGGAAUCAUCGAGGAAGCACGUGCGACCAGGGAUAUCUACACCAACGACGCCAAGUUGCGAGAAAAGACGAUCGACCUUUACAAGAAACUGGUAGAAGCCGUCGCUGACCUGAUCGGCACUCUAAUACCCAAAGAACUGAAACACAAAUUGUUGACCAGGUUUGCCGUCGACUACACAACGGAUAAAAUCAUGCACACUCUGGAAGACGUGACGCGCUCUGCUCAAGCACUUCGAGACUAUGCCAAUACCCUCGACAAGAGAACGACAGUCGAGAUCAGGAAUAUCGCAGAAGGCAACCAAACCCAGCUGAGAGCCAUCCGAGAAAACGUCUUUGGUGUCGAGUUAGGAGUGAGAAAUUUGGACACGCAAUUCAAAGUCUUCGGCGAGAAUGUGGAAGACAUUAGAACGGGUGGGCAUGAUCUGAAGAAGGUCAUUCAGGAGAUGAAGCAGGAGCAGAAGAUGCUAUGCGAUGCGUUUGAGGCGCAGAACGCUACGCUGAUCGAUGUUGUGCAGGCCCACAAUGCGCUACUUGGUCAUUUGAUGGAUCCUGUUGUGCAUUUGCGUCAAGCCAGCCAAACCACCGUUGGAGCGCCACAGAAUCGUUUGGCGCAGGUAGGGGUCAUGCCAUCGAGACCAACGCUUGUAUCAGUCGAAUGGGUACUCGAGGUCCUCGCAGUUUCUCACAUGGUAUCAACCAAUGAUCUCCGCCAGACCCUGAACGACGGUCGCAUAUCGGACAUGCCAGAUCAAGGCCAAGCCCAAUGGCUGUCACGAACCAACGAAUUCGGGAACUGGCUAUCCUCAUUUCACUCAGAAACUCUCCUGGUAGACGGAAAUCUGGACCUAUCUACCGGCGGCCGAACCUCACCUCUUUCCGUCUUUUCCGCAAAGCUAGUCGCCAGCUUUCUUCGACUAGAACCAACCGAAACUCUCUUCUUCUUCUGCCGCCAACAUACUGCCAUCGAAGACCAACUCAACGGGCCCCGAGGCAUGAUGCGCUGUUUGAUCUCACAGCUGCUCCUCAUCCUCUACAACCGCGGCCAGGCGAACUUGGAUUUCAUCAGCAGUCCGGAAUACGUCGCCGAUCUGGAGUGCCACGACUUUGAGGCACUCUGCUACACCUUCCAGCAGCUCGUCAGGCAUGUUCCGUAUAAUACGCCAGUGAUAUGUAUUAUCGAUAGCGUGUCAGGCUACGAGCGGAUGGAAUGGGCGGACGACUUGUGUUUGGCCGUCGCAAAGCUGCAGGAACUCGUUUGUGAUGUCAAUCUCGGUCCGGUGUUCAAGCUGUUCAUGACGUGCCCGUACCGGAGUAGGGUCGUUUGGAAACAGGUUGAGCCGUGGCAGCGAGUUUCUCUGCGGCCUGGCAUUUGGGAAGAGGAUGAGACCUUGGAGCGAUCACUUUGGACGAGGAUUAAUAGGCCUUGGUAUCCAGAAAGUGUGUAGCUUCCGCGGAUGGGAUUCUGCUGAUUAGGAGAACUCCUCUCUAUUUCGUCGGAUGCCUGCCAUUUCUUGUACUUAAUUUUAUGCUUUUGUUCUCAAGGUUGCAGCCGACU